CAAACAUCACCACCUGUUGGUGACUAAAGAGCUUGUCAGCUGCUUACACAAUAAAAGGAGGGAAAGUGAAACUUAAAGCUGAUUUAUUUCCUCGUUGCUGAACGGAGAACAGAGACGCAUCACAGGGUGAGAAAUCUCUACUAAACAAGAUCACAACCAUCGAGAUCUGUAAUUCAGAGUCAGAUUUGAUCAUUCAGAGCAAAUGGCUGAAAAAAUCGCUGUUGUUGAAAGUUUCCUGAGCUGCCAUGUUUGUUCAGAGACGUUCAGAGAUCCCGUGUCUCUGAGCUGCAGCCACAGCUUCUGUUCAAGCUGCCUGCAGCAAUUCUGGGAACAAGCUGGAAACAAGAACUGUCCCAUCUGUAAAAGUAAGUCCUCAACGGAUGAACCAGCAGUGAACUUAACACUGAAGAGACUCGCUGACUCCUUUGCUGACAGACAGAAUAAUGGAUCAACUCAGACGGCACCAGAGAAGGAGAAAGAGGAGGUGGUGUGUGAAGAACAUCCAGAAGUCCCUUAUUGGUUCUGUGAGGACGAGCAGAAAGCUGUGUGUCCUGUCUGUGAGUUCUCUCUCCACCAGAGUCACAAGGUGGUUCCUCUAGAACAAGCAGUCAGGAACCUGAAGGACCAGCUGAGAUCUGACUUGAAGUCUCUGCAGGACAAGAAGGACAAACACCAACAAGUGGAGAAAACAUACAAUGAAGUGAUCCAAUUCUCCAAGGAGCAGCUGGUGUCCACAGAGAGGAAGAUCAGAGCAGAGUUCAACAAGCUCCACCAGUUCCUGAGAGAGGAAGAGGAGUCCAGACUGGCAGCUCUGAGGGAGGAAGAGGAGCAGAGGGGGAAGACCAUCAGCAGAGAGAUGAAGAUGAUUGAGGAGCAGAUCUCCUCUCUGUCAGACAGCAUCUCUGCUGUUGAAGAAGACCUGCAGAAAGACAAGGUGUCGUUCCUCAGCAGUUAUAAAGCCACUCAGACCAGAGCCAGAGUCCAGAGCUCACUGACAGAUCCACAGCUGGUCUCAGGAGCGCUGAUAGAUGUGGCCAAACACCUGGGCAACCUGUCCUUCAGAGUCUGGGAGAAGAUGAAGGACCAGGUCCACUUCAGUCCUGUCAUUUUGGACCCAAACACUGCAGCCAAGAGUCUCUAUCUGUCUGAUGAUCUGACCAGUGUGAGAUAUGGAGACACAAACCAGCAGCUUCCUGAGAAUCCAGAGAGAUUCACUAAGUAUGCAGAUGUUCUGGGCUCUGAGGGCUUCAGCUCAGGGAAACACAGCUGGGAGGUGGAGGUGGGAGACCAUCCUUACUGGCUUGUAGGUUUGGUUAAAGAGUCAGUUAACAGGAGGGGAGAGAUAUUUGAUUCACCAUUAUAUGGAUUCUGGUGUUUAGUUCAUCGCAGUGGAGAAUACUCUGACGGAGCUGGUCAGACUCUCCGAGUGAGGAAGAGUCUCCAGAGGAUCAGAGUCCAGCUGGACUAUGACAGGGGGGACGUGUCCUUCUACGACCCUGAAGACACGACUCCCAUCUGCACUCACAGAGACACUUUCACUGAGAAACUCUUCCCAUAUUUCAAUAUUGGAAAGUCUUGUGAUGCUAAAACUGCUGAUAUCAAAAUCUGCCCAACUAAAGAAGCUCUAGCGUAGGUUCAGACAGGAAGACCCUCCCCUCACGUUAGGCUUGUCUGCCUGUCACUCGUCAUAGACUCUAUCGGCUGUUUGUCAGGGUCUGGAUUCAUACAUGGCUGCCGGUCAGGGCAAACACAGAACUCAAACCCCCUCGUUGAGUUCACCGCCAAAUACAUUCUGUUCUAUUCUAUUCAUGAAUGCAUCAUCCGGCAUAAUAAAUGUGGACAACUAAUCAUUCACUUGUCUCCCCUGAUGAAAUAGUUCUCUGUGAUAUUAAGUAAGAGGAGGUCAGAGUUAUUCAUCAGCAUGUUUAUUAUAGUCUUUUUGUUGUUGUGUUCUUUAAAUAUAAGCAGAUUUGUGAGGUAAAAUGUUCUAAAUAGUGUUUUAAAGUACAGAUGAGUAGUUUUACUGUGAUCAUUUUAUUUUGAAAUGUAUAAAUUUUUUUUUCCAAAGAGAAAUAACUGCAUUAAAAGGAUUUAGUUUUAAAUCACGUCACCACACAAAGCCUCAACAUGUACAAUUAAGGUAGAGAAAUCCUUUCAUUAUUUUUAGUUCAACAAGGUGGAGACAAAGAACACAUUUUGGUUGCAGACUGUUUAUCACAAUCUGACCUUUGUUCAGCGUCUGGUAGAAAAUGUCUGUAUUUCUGAUCCUUCAGAACAUUUCUAUCCAUCUCAGGGUUCAAUCUAGGAGACAAUCACAAAUGAAUCCACCUCUUGAUGAGAUGCUUCAUUUAUUUAUCGAUUGCUGGAUUCAGAUACACAAAUCACUGGCCUGUUUUUGGUGUGACUGAAGCUUGAUGUUUUGUUUUCAGUAUUCUCAUCUACAGCGUUCUGUUCCAUUCUUCAUCCUGUGUUCCUCUCAUUGUUUAAUUCUGGGUUUGUGUUGGUUGAUGAGAUGUAGAAGUACAAACAAGAUGUGGGGGACACUUUGCACCAACACUGGUGAGCUGCACAUGGUCAACAACGUGCAGGAUUAACAAUGUCAAGUUUGUCAUCCAAAUAAAGGAAUUGCAAAUUAGGACCAUA